AGGAACUAGCUAUGCCUUCAGUAUGUUGUGCGGUAGGGUGCAACAACAAAAAAGGAGACCCCAAAAUAUCCUUUUACAGACUACCUCAGGACGAAAAUAGACGCCAUCAGUGGCUUGCAGCCAUCAAGAGGACAGACUGGACACCAACUUCAAACACUCGUCUGUGCAGUGCUCAUUUUGUUUGUGGUGUGAAGAGCCAGAACCCUCUGAACCCUGACUUUGUCCCAACAAUAUUUCCGUACCUCAGCUCCCCCAACAAGAGGAAGAGGAUUAAUCAAAUGACAAGAUUCAAACAAACUCAAGAACUGAAGAGAAAAAGAGCAGUUAGUUUGGACAGACAAGAGACUGGAAAAGAAGAAGAGGGAGUGGAGAUGGACAAAGAUGACAGGCAAGAGUUUGACAGAGAAGAUAGACAUGAGUUAGAUGAAGAAGAUGGACAGGAAAUUGACGGGGGAGAUGAAGAGGGGUUGGGUGGAGAAGACGGACAUGAGUUGGAUGGAGAAGAGGGACAGGAGAUUGACAGAGAGGAGCCUGGAAUGGAGACUAGCAGUGGUGUAGGGUUAUCUCUAGGUUCCUGUGGAAAUGCCUCUUGUGAAGCCACAAUGAAACAAUUAAAUGAGGAGUGCGUAAGAUUACAGACAGAAAUUUGGAAGCUCAAGGGUCAAGUAAAGUCAUUGUCUUUCGACCAAGAAAGUUUGAAGGACAAAGAUGAUAAAGUACAUAAAUUAACUGGCCUUCCUUCAUAUGUAAAACUAAUUGUUGUUUUCUCUUUUAUCUCAUCAUUCCUAAAGUUGAAAUCCAGUUUGUCCCCUUUUCAGCAGUUUCUUUUGACAUUAAUGCGCCUGAGAAUGAACUUGCCACUUUUCUUUUUAGCUCAUGUAUUUCAUGUAUCCACGUCAACUGCUGGUCGGGUUUUCAACAACACACUGAAUGUAAUGAAUAUCAGGCUGUGUAAUAUCAUAAAGUGGCCAAGCAGAGAUCAGAUCCUUUGUAGUCUCCCAAUGUGUUAUAGAAACGGCUUUGAAAAUUGUACCAGUAUUAUUGAUUGCUUUGAAAUUUUUAUCGAAAGACCAAAGGAAAUGAGAGCAAGAGCACAAACGUAUUCUCAGUAUAAGCAUCAUAACACAGUUAAAUACCUCAUCUCCAUAACUCCACAAGGGUCAUCAGCUUGUGUGUCGCAGUUGGGGCGGGAGGACAAGUGA